AUGUCGUCCCAGCAGUCCGUCCCCAUUGUCCAGCUUCACAACGGCAAGAGCUUCCCCUCCUUGGCUUCGUCGGCUCCAGGUGAGGUCGGCAACGCCGCCUCUGUCGCUCUCAAGGCCGGUUACCGCCACCUCGACCUUGCCAAGGCGCGUCCUGUCUACCAGAACCAGAAGGAGAUUGCGCCCGCGAUUGCCAACUCGGGCGUCCUCCGCGAAGAGAUGUUCAUCACCUCGAAGCUCUGGAACUCGCAGCACCGUCGCGACCUCGUCGAGCCUGCUCUCGACGACACGCUCAAGGAGCUCGACCUCUCGUACCUCGACUUCUACCUGAUCCACCCGCCCCUCCCCUCACCCAAGUGUCCAAAACUGCAACAAACGUUCGUACCUACCUCCCUGCUUCGUGGCGCGACGUUGGGACGAGUUUGGGAGACGUGA